GCCAUAUUUAGUCACUGUUGGGCUUGGUCUCCGUUGAAUCAUUGAAAUCGCCCUCCUAUAACUUUGUUCGAAGCUUUGUUGAUAACACAAGGAUUACCGUAGAAGAGCUCUUUAUAGAGAUGAGGAUGCCGAGGGUGACGACAAUCUGUGUGUUCCUUCUCGUCGGCCUUGCAGUUGCCGCAGCACAAAGCAGCCGAUCCCAGCAGAACAACCCCUGUUUGAGCGAUUCGGCACAGAAGUCAUGUGGAGCCUGUAUUGCCACCGGGGCCGAAUGUGGCUGGUGCUUGGAGGAGAACUUUGACAAAGAUAAUCGUGCGCGAUGUGACAAGUUUGAAAACCUGGCUGAACCAGGGGGAUGUGAUCCCUCCAGUAUUAUCUUCCCAGCUGAUGGAACUCAUCCUGUGAAGGAUUAUAGUGUACAAGAUGGUCUUCGUCCUGAAGAUGCUGUGCAGAUCCAGCCUCAGGAAGUGCGCUUCAAUAUCAGACCAAACAAGCCAAUGCGGAUCCCGAUCACCUUCCGACAAGCCAAGAAUUAUCCUGUUGAUCUCUACUACUUGAUGGACCUCUCCAACUCCAUGGAGGACGACAAGCUCAAGCUGGCUGAACUUGGAAACCGUAUUGCUGAUAAAAUGUCAGAAAUCACAAAGAACUUCCGGCUCGGCUUUGGGUCGUUUGUGGACAAAGUGGUCAUGCCGUAUGUCAGUACAGUCCCAGAAAAGUUAAACAUGCCGUGUCGCAUGCGUAACGGACAACCAUGUGAAUCUCCAUACGGCUUUAAGAACCAGCUGCGUUUAGACCUGGACACUACACUCUUUGCACAACAAGUACGAGCUGCCAAUGUCUCUGGUAACCUGGACGCCCCAGAGGGGGGUUUUGACGCCAUUAUGCAGGCUGUGGCAUGUGAUGAGAGUAUAGGCUGGCGAGAGGUAUCCCGUAGAAUGUUGCUAUUCUCGACAGACGCAGGUUUCCAUUACGCAGGCGACGGGAAGCUUGGAGGUAUUGUAAAGCCCAAUGACGGACUCUGUCACAUGGAUUCUCAUGGUGUCUACACGGAGAGCUCAAACCAGGAUUACCCAUCAGUUAGUCAGAUCUCUGCCAAGAUCAUUGAGAAGAAUGUCAACAUUAUCUUUGCUGUAACGAAGGACCAGACCCCUGUGUAUGAGAAACUCUCCACUGCCAUUGAAGGUUCUGAAGCCGGAGAACUUGCCAAUGACUCGUCCAACAUCGUAGAUCUGAUCAGGGACAACUAUAACAAAAUUACCUCCAAAGUCACUUUGAACACACAAAAUGCUGAGAAUGUCACUGUCAAGUUCUUUUCAAAGUGUUUUGGAGACAAGAUGAAGGAAACCAAUGAAUGUGAGGACCUAACCAUUGGCGCCAAUGUGACGUUUGAGGUGGAGAUCACGGUGACGGAGUGUCCACGUGACAGAAGCCGAUGGAACCGGACAGUCACCAUAUAUCCGGUGGGAUUAUCGGAGAAGCUAACCCUCGACCUGAGACUGAUCUGUGAAUGCGAUUGUGAAAAACCUGGACAGGAGAUUCCCUUCAGUCCGCUGUGUUCGGCCGGCAAUGGAACGUACGAGUGCGGGAAAUGCACAUGUAACCCAGGACGAUACGGAAAGAACUGCGAGUGUGACUCCAGCAAAGUCUCCAGUGAGGAGUCUGAUGCCAAAUGUAUCAAGCCCAAUUCGACAGUGCCGUGUUCAGGACGAGGCCAGUGUGUGUGUGGUGUGUGUGAGUGCUUCCCCCGCACUGCCAACUCGGCCCAGAAGUACAGUGGAACGUUCUGCGAGUGUGACAACUAUUCCUGCGACUACCAUGAUGGGGAACUGUGUGGAGGUCCGGAGCGAGGUCGCUGUCAAUGUGGCACCUGCCUCUGCAACGCCCAGUACAACGGCAGCGGUUGUGACUGCAACAUGGACAAGUCAAAGUGCUUUACUGAUAAUGGGCUGGAAUGUAACAAUCACGGUAAAUGUGUCUGCGGCAAGUGCGAGUGUAACAAGACGGAGAGAUACAUCGGACCUACCUGUGAAGAGUGCCCAACCUGCCCCGGGAAGUGUCUUGAACAGAAGGAGUGUGUGCAGUGCUACGCCUUCAAAACCGGACCCAAGACUUCGCAGCAGUGCAGAAGAGAGUGUAAAAACAUUGUCGUUAAGGAUGAAAUAAGGGAAUCAGACGGUGUGCGGAAAUGCCAGUACAGAGACGAGGAUGAAUGUCACUUUUACUUCACGUAUGAGUAUGACUCGGACGGAGAGCUGCACAUCACAGUCCAGAGAACUAAAGUGUGUCCCGAGUCCGUGAAUGUCUUAGCCAUUGUCGGUGGUGUUGUGGGUGGUAUUGUUGCUGUGGGUCUUGCUCUGCUCUUGAUAUGGAAAAUGUUGACAAUCAUUCACGAUCGGAGAGAAUUUGCCAAGUUUGAGAAGGAACGACAGAAUGCUAAGUGGGACACGGGCUUGCAGAAUCCCAUCUACAAACAAGCGACAUCGACUUUCAAGAACCCAAUGUAUGUAUGGACGGCAAUGAUCACUGCAGAGAUGUUUCUUACUCCCAAAUCUUCGUGA